AUGAAAAUAUCAAUUCACAGAAAUUCCAUAAGACAUAGUUCAUUCCUAGCAUCGAAUUUGCGUAGAACAUCAAUUAUUCAAGUUAAUUUGAAUAAUGCAAGAAAUUAUAUUGCUCAAGUUCAAAUUGAACCAGUAUUUCGCACUAAUGAAGUCAACCGAGAUGCAAUAAAGGCAAAAAUCGCCACCAUAGAAAAACAAAAGCCUUUCAACAACUUCUUGACUGACAAAUUUCAAAGAAAACAUACGUAUCUUCGAAUUUCACUCACCGAAAAAUGCAAUUUACGAUGUACAUAUUGCAUGCCUGCCGCUGGUGUUGAAUUGACACCCAACGAGAAACUCUUGACGUCAGAAGAAAUCAUUAGGUUGGCAAAGUUAUUUGUUUCACAAGGCAUUAAUAAGAUACGACUUACUGGAGGGGAGCCUACGGUGCGAAAAGACAUUGUUGAAUUAGUAGGUGAAUUGGGACGAUUGAAACCUUUGGGACUUGAGACACUUGCCAUGACAUCCAAUGGUAUAGCUCUUAAACGCAAAUUACCACAACUUGUAAAGAAUGGACUCAAUCUUCUUAAUAUUAGUUUAGACACCUUGGAUCCAUUUAAAUUCGAAUUGAUUACGCGUCGAAAAGGUUUAGAACGCGUGCUUGAAGCUAUCGAUCAUGCUGUUGCCUUAGAUUUUUCUCCUCCAAAAGUAAACUGUGUCAUUAUCCGCGGUGUAAACGACGGGGAAUUCUUGGAUUUCGUGGAAUUGACGCGUAAUAAACCUCUCGACGUUCGAUUUAUAGAGUAUAUGCCGUUUGACGGUAAUAAAUGGAGUCAAAAUAAGUUGGUUCCUUAUCAAGAACUUUUGAAGACGCUUUUUAAUAAGUAUCCUGAUGCCAAACAAUUAACGGAUGAUCCGCAUGAUACUUCCAAGGCUUACCGUGUACCAGGAUUUUCGGGAAAAAUUGGAUUCAUUACGUCAAUGUCCGAUCAUUUCUGUGGAACUUGCAAUAGACUUCGAAUUACUGCUGAUGGUAAUCUAAAGGUAUGCUUGUUUGGAAAUACAGAAGUCAGUCUACGUGAUUUAUUGCGAAAUAAAGUGCCAGACGAACAAAUCUUGGAAUUUAUCGGAAUGGCUGUUGGCAACAAAAAAAAGCAGCACGCUGGUAUGUUUGAGCUGGCCGCAGCUAAAAAUAGACCCAUGAUUUUGAUAGUGACUGGAUUGAAUUAUUUUACGCGACUACAAAUGUCUCCGUCUCAUCCAUAUCCAUUCAAUUCGCGAUUACAGCUAAAAAAUUAUACAAAACACCGAGAUCUUCGCUUCUAUACUACAAAAAAACAAUUUAAAAACAAUUUAUCAACUUCUAUUGCUGACAAUACAAAUUCAAAUAUCGAUAGCAGCACUAGUCUAAGUCACAUUAAUAGUUCAACUGGCUCCGCCUCAAUGGUAAACAUAACUCAGAAAUCUCCGACCUUUCGCACCGCCACAGCACAAGGCAAAGUAAUCAUUGGCGAAAAAGCAUACAAGCUCAUUCGUGAAAAUAAUCUAAAAAAAGGUGACGCAUUAUCCGUAGCACGAAUAGCAGGUAUUCAAGGAGCAAAAAAAACCAGCAUUCUGAUCCCGUUAUGCCAUCCUCUCUUACUUUCUCAUAUCUCGGUCGAGAUGAACUUGUUGGAUUAUGAAAAUGCUGUGGAAAUUAUAGCCCGAGUAGAAUGUGAUGGGAAGACGGGCGUGGAAAUGGAAGCGUUGAGUGCUGUUUCUGUUGCCGCUUUGACUAUUUUUGAUAUGUGCAAGUCAGCAGGAAAAGGAAUGAUAAUAAAAGAUAUUCGGAUUAUGGAAAAGACGGGUGGUAAGAGUGGAGUUUGGCGCAAUGAAGAUCCAGUUGAAGAUAUUUAA